AUGUUGAGCCGAGAUAAUCCAAAUGUAAAUAAAACAGUCGAAAAUAUUAUCAAUGAAGCUAUGAAGAAAGUUGGAGCUGAAUUGUUAAACAUCGAUCCUUGUAAUUUACAUAUAAUUCAUAAUGGAUUCAAAGCAGAUCCUUCAUUAAGAACAGAAUCUGAUUCAGCUGAUCAAAUGAUUCGUAUUGGAAGAUCAUCGCCAAAAUUAUUAAGUGAUUCUGAAAUCGAUUGUAUUCGUCACGAAUUCAUGAUGUAUGCAACUGAGACUAUUGAUGAAUCUUGGCAUAUCAAGACUGAACAGCAGGAAAAUACUGAUUUUACACGUCAAUUUUGA